AUGAGGACAAGGUUCUAUGAUAAUUUAUCUCAAGACUUCUCCCAACUUCUUGAAGAUGCAGAUGACUAUAACGUUAAAAUUGAAGUUGGGAAAGGUGAUGAAACUCAAGAAUUUCGUGCACAUUCCAUAAUUUUAAGAGCACGUUCACCUUAUUUUAAAAGGGCACUCUCCGAAUCAUGGGCUACCAUUAAAGAUGGGAUCAUUUUAUUUAAUAAGCCGAAUGUUUCCCCAAUCGUUUUUACAUUAAUUCUUAAGUAUAUUUAUUCCGGAAUUCUCGAUUUAAGUAAAGUUUCUAACGACGACGUUAUCGACCUCCUAGUUGCAUCGGAUGAAUUACUCCUUGGGGAAUUAAGUGAUCAUAUUCAAAAUUAUCUUAUCAAACGGGAAGCUUCAUGGCUUCAAAGCAAUCUCAUUAAGAUCUUAGACAAAGUAUUUUCACUUUUUAAUUCCGGAGAACUAGUAAAUCAUUGCAUGGAAUCUAUUUGUGAAACUCCCGUUCCUUUCUUUACUUCUAAUGAUUUUUUAUCCCUUAAUGAGAAUAUUCUUUUUGAAUUGAUUAAACGUGAGGAACUAACGCUUGAAGAAACAGAUAUCUGGGAAAGUCUCAUUAAAUGGGGGAUUCAUCAAACACCAGGAAUCGAAACUUCAGAUGCUGAGAAAUUUUCGGAACAGCAUUUCGAAAAUUUAAAAGAAACGUUAGAUCGUUUUAUUCCAUAUAUUAGAUUCCAUGAAAUUUCACCGAAGGAUUUCUUCAAUAAGGUUCGUCCGUUUCGAAAAAUUCUACCGGAAUCGCUUUUUGAAGACAUUAUGUCUUUCUUAAUGGCUGGAACAGAAUUAAAACAAAAAAAACUUCCGUCGCGUAUGGCAUCUUUUAUGGACAAGUCUAAAAUUUUAACAAGAAAACAUGCUAACAUUAUUUCUAAUUGGAUUGGAAGAAAGGAUACGUCUAAGGCAAAUCGAUACCGAUUUACUCUACUUUAUCGUGGAACUCGUGAUAAUCUUAAUUUGACUUUGUUUCGUCAAAAAGUAAAUGAUCAAGGACCAGUAAUCGCCGUCGUCAAGAUAAAGGGUUCAGAAACCAUAAUUGGCGGAUUCAAUGCUAGUGGAUGGAGUAAAGAUCAAUACGAUCAAUACGAUUAUUAUGAAUCUGAUAAAUGGAUUAACAACAACAGUCAUUUUAUAUUUUCGUUUAAGAGUCUCAAUGAUAAAAAAGGAAUAAUUGGCCGAUCUUGUGAAUUUUAUGGUGUAUGUGACGAAGAAAGUUAUUUCCUAUACUUUGGAUGUGGUGAUUUGCUGCUUCGGGAAGACAAAAUUGGAUCAUGUUACCAACAUUCUUAUGACAAAGAAAUUUUGGACACAGAUAGUUUUAUCGCCGAAGAGUUGGAAAUAUUCAAAAUACGGAAAAUUAAAUCUCGUUGA